AUGGUUCGUUCGCAGGAGCUCGACUCCAAGAUUCAGGAGGUCUGUAAGCGCAUUCAGACAGAGCGCAAGAUCCUCGAAGCCUCCCGGCUCCUGAGUCUGGCAACACCCAACCAGGAUGUCCUCCGGCGCAAUGAGGCGAAGAUAAAGGAGACAGAGCGCUCGCUCUCCUACUUCGAAUCCACUCUCAAGGAGCUGCAGGCUCGCAAGCUGCAGCUGACGAACCGCGAUGAUCCCGCACGAUCCGGUCCAGGUGGUCUGCCAACUUCGCCGCGACUGGGUCAGUUUCCACCGCGCGACCGUUCACUUCCGCCGACUCCUCAGCCGUACCCGGAAGGUGUGCCUCCUGGCGGCCCGGCCCCACCUUACGCUGUCGAUGCUGGCAGUAUACCCAAAUCAAAGGUGUAUUCGAAUCUUGAUUUGAUCAAGGCUGAUACACCUCAUACAACCGCCAAAAUUUCCAAAAUGUUGCAUCAGCUGGAAUUUAAACUUCAGGUCGAGAAGCAGUAUAAAGAGGGUAUAGCAAAAAUGUCGACGCUUUAUCAAGCGGACGGUGAUAAAAAGUCCAGAGCUGACGCGGAAGUGAAACGUGUAGAAAGCGACAAGAAAAUCGCAUUGCUGCAGUCUGCCUUGAAGAGAUACAAGACUCUACACAUUCUGGACGAAGCCGAGGAUGAAGAAGAACCUAUAGAUGGACCUCCUAUCGAAGGUGGUCAUAAAGCGAACCUCCGAUCCCGGCCGUUAUCUGGGAAGCUGCAGGUCUCAAUUCGAGCGGCUCGUGAACUCGAGCAUGCACCAGUUGUCACUUCCUGGAAAUCUCGGUCUGCCUCGAAACAAGUGAUUGAGACCUAUGUUUCUCUGAAGGUAGAAGGAACUCAACGUGCUCGUUCCCAUCCUUCACGGACCGAUCGCUGGAACGAAGACUUCGAAGUGGAGGUCGACAAAGCGAACGAAGUAGAGAUCACAAUUUACGAUAAGCAAGUCAGCGAACCAUACCCAGUGCCCAUUGGAAUGCUCUGGAUUAAGUUGAGUGAUCUGGUAGAGGCUCUACGAAGGCAAAAAGUGGAACAAGAAGCCGGACAAGGAGGUUGGGUCACCGCGGACGCAGCUGGUGCUAUGGGCGGAUCUGGAAGUACAUUCGACAACCAACCAUACUCUGGAAGCCAUAGUAGCGGAGGUUCUGGUGACUUUAACAACCCAAUGAACUUCCCCGGAGCGAUGCCGGGAGGAAGGAUGUCGAUAGAGCCGGAAGGAAUCGACGCUUGGUUUGCUGUGGAGCCCGCGGGUGCCAUCCAGCUUCGUCUUAACUUCAUCAAGGAAAAUGUGCGGAAACGCCCUCUCGAUGCGCGUGGACUUGGGCGUCAAGGCGCUGUUCGCCAGCGGAAGGGUGAAGUCCACGAAAUGAACGGCCACAAAUUCGUUCAAAAACAGUUUUAUCAAGUUAUCCUAUGCGCAUUUUGCAGCGAAUUCUUGCUGAAUGCUGCAGGUUAUCAGUGUGAGGACUGUCGAUACACAUGUCAUAAGAAAUGCUACGAGAAGGUCGUGACAAAGUGUAUAUCAAAGUCUACAGGCGAAGACGACGAGGACAAAAUCAAUCAUCGUAUACCGCACAGGUUUGAGACUAUCACGAACAUUGGCGCGAACUGGUGCUGUCACUGUGGAUAUAUGCUUCCACUUGGACGAAAGAACGCGCGUCGUUGCACUGAAUGCGGUAUUACUUGUCACGCAAAUUGCGCACAUCUCGUUCCAGACUUCUGUGGGAUGUCAAUGGAGACAGCAAACCAGUUACUUGCAGAGAUUCAGAAGGUGAAGGCGACUAGGACCGCGGCCGGUCGGCAGGGUCAACGACCCGCGAGAAUUCCCGUACCACAGGUUGAGCAGCCCCAGCCUCAACCGACGCCGCCAGCGAUGUACGGGCAGGAUACACGUCCAUCUAUCGAAGGCUUACGCACGAGUGUGGACAGCAUGCAACUUUCAUCUGCAGAGCAACUGCCGCCCGCCCAGCAACAUCUUCAAGCCCAGAUGCCUCCACAAGUAUAUCCUCUGUCAGCAUCAGGAGCCCCAGCAUAUCCUUAUUCUCCAGGCGAGGCUCCUCAGCCUCCAGGAAGGAUACCCUCUGGUGCUCGGGUACCUGAGCAGCCCAUGCCGUACAGUGAUGUUCAGACCGUAAGAUAUCAGCCCCCUCCAGAUGGAUAUCCAACGACGGGAUUCCCUCAACCAUAUCAGCAGCAGCAAGCGCCAUAUCCCAAACCAUUCCCUCCCGGACCCGUCGGUGGUCAGACUCUUCUCCCUCAACAGCCACCUGAACGCGUGUCAUCCAUUCCUCCUGCUCAGCAACAAAUUUCACACAACGUUGCUCGACCAGCAGCACGAAAGCGGAAAGUAGGAUUGGACGACUUCAAUUUCCUCGCAGUUCUUGGGAAGGGAAACUUCGGCAAGGUCAUGCUUGCUGAGGAAAAAUUGACGAAUAAGCUGUAUGCCGUCAAAGUGUUGAAAAAGGAGUUCAUUAUUGACAAUGAUGAAGUCGAGAGCACUCGGUCAGAGAAGCGUGUAUUCCUAACCGCUGCGCGGGAGCGACACCCAUUCCUUCUUGGUUUACACUCCUGUUUCCAGACUGAGACACGUGUUUACUUCGUUAUGGAAUAUGUGAGUGGAGGCGACCUGAUGUUGCACAUUCAAAGAAAGCAGUUCUCGCUCCGGCAAGCGAAAUUCUAUGCAGCGGAAGUCCUGCUCGCACUGGAAUAUUUCCAUGCAAAUGGCAUCGUCUACCGUGACUUGAAACUUGAUAACAUCCUCCUUACACUUGACGGUCAUAUCAAAGUCGCUGAUUACGGUUUGUGUAAGGAAGAUAUGUGGUUCGGUAGCACUACGAGUACAUUCUGUGGUACUCCUGAGUUCAUGGCUCCUGAGAUUCUACUGGAACAACGUUAUGGCCGAGCAGUAGACUGGUGGGCAUUCGGCGUGCUAAUGUAUGAAAUGUUACUUGGCCAAUCACCUUUCCGAGGGGACGAUGAAGACGAAAUCUUCGACGCGAUUCUGGAAGACGAGCCACUAUACCCAAUAACAAUGCCUCGUGAUGCAGUCUCUAUUUUGCAAAAGCUGUUAACCCGGGAUCCAAACCGACGUCUAGGCUCUGGAGAAAGUGACGCUGCGGAAAUCAAGGCGCAUCCCUUCUUCAAGGAUGUCGAUUGGAUCGGUGUUAUGAAUAAGAAGUUUGAACCACCAUACCGUCCAACUAUUAAAGGAAGCGCAGAUACAAGCAACUUCGAUGAAGAGUUCACGCGCGAGCAGCCAACAUUGACGCCAGUGCACACACAACUGAGUGCACAGGAUCAGGCAGAGUUCUCUGGCUUUUCAUGGGUCGCGUCUUGGGCGGAUCAGUGAAGGUUGGUGUGAUGUGAUGUGAUGUUUAUACCUUGCAGGCGGGUUACUUGUAUCUGGUAUUCAGAGUAAUUUGUGAGACAAUUUCCAAUGAUAUGGUAGUCUGUAUGUUGUUGUAGUUGGCAAAUUCCAUUUUGUACUGUGUACUUGCAAGUUGGUAUAUAAACUAUUAUUUCC